CAGGAGUACGAAGCUUCGCGGCAGAAGUAUGAUUCCGCGCAGCGCAACAGCGAUCAGGCGGGGUACCAGGCGAAGAUCACGCAGCUGAAGGACGACCAGGAGGAGUUGCACACGAAGCUGGAGAAGGAGCGCGAUCUGUACGAGUCGUACAUGUACGAGCUGCUGGCGGAGGAGGAAAACAUUGCCCUGUUCGUGAAGGAGUACGUCCAGCACCAGGAGCUAUACUACACGUCGGCUCUGCGCGAAAUACAGCACACGAUGCGCAGCAUGGACGGCUUGUUCCGGCGGAAUAAUAAGCAAAUCUUCAACACGCCAUUGCGCGAUCAUCUGAAGGCGACGAAUCGUAAGAUCGCUUACGUGAUCGAGCUGUGCGUCUGCUGUCUGCUGGAGAAGGGCCUCUACGAGGAGGGGCUGCUGCGGGUUGGCUGUGCUUCCUCCAAACUGCGGCGCAUGAUUUCGGCGAUCAACGCAAACUACGUAUCGCCCCCACUGGCGGACAAGUACAGUGAUCCGCACGUCGUGGCCGGCGUCCUGAAGAAGUACCUGCGCAGCCUUCCGGAUCCGCUGCUAACGUUCGACUUCUAUCCCGACUUCGUGACGGCCGCCCAGAAGCCGAGCGAUGCGCAGCGCAAGGCCGCCAUCCUGGACAUUGUGAACCAGUUGCCGCGCGAAAACUACGACAAUCUGCGCUACCUGACGCGCUUCCUCGCGUAUCUGGCCGAGAAGAACCAGGAAAACAAGAUGUCCCCGCAGAACAUUGCGAUCGUCAUGUCGCCGAACUUGCUGUGGUCACCGAACGAGAACGACAACUACAUGGACCAGGUGAACAGUACGGCCACGGUCAACACGAUCGUCGAGGCGCUCGUGGCCGACUGGUCGUUCUUCUUCGAUGGCGAGGUGAGCUUCUACGUCAGCAUGACCCGGGACGCGCUGUUCCCCGACAAUGGUGGCUUUCCGUUCGACAAGGAGCAGCACGUGCGGAGUGCCGGCGGCGGCGGCGGCGGUGGUGAGCUGAUGUCACGGUCAAUGUUCGUGACACCGACGACGGCAACGACGGCGCCCACCGUCGGUUCGAUGAUGACCGCAGGCAGUAGUCAGGAUGAGCUCCGGUUCGGCCGUGGCGACGGUGGCAAAGGCGGUGGCGGCGGAGGACAUGGUGGUGGUGGUGGUGGAGGCAGAGGCGCAGCAGGAGGACCAGCAUCACAUUCCCGCAGCAGUAGUCACGAUACUAGUCUUAUUCUAAUCAACCACAACAGCAACAGCAGCAGCAGCAACAGCAACACCAACAACAACAGCAGCGGUGGUGGUAACGGCGGAAGUACCGAUCAGCUCAAGUACCGGAGUCAAUCGAACAGCUCGCUAUCGGACCAUUCCAGUCCACCGCAGGAGGAGAGCAGCCCGAAACUACCGAUCAGGCGCAAGCACAACAAGCAAGUGGCCCCGACGCCACCGGACGCCGCUAGCGUUUAUCACGGGCGCGGAGUGCGCGGAGAGUUGAACAAUAAGCUUCACGCGAGCAACAGCUACUUUAGGCAGCUGAACAGCAACAGUUCGGCGGCGGCCGGUGGAACUAGCCACGGUGGAGACGGAGACGAAGGGUUUGCCUCGCUACAGCACCACGCGUACCGGCAGGCGCAGGCCGAGUACGAUCGACACGCGCAGCAGGCAACCGUGGCCGCCGCCACGCCGUUGCUGCGUGCCGAGAGUCACGACAAUCUGCUGAAACUGAAAUCGAGCGGCCAUGGCGGCGACAGUGCGGUAGAGAAAAUGGCGCCACCGCCACGGCCGGCCGCCAUCAGCGUGGACAGUCAGGUGCUGGGUAAGCUGAAGGCCAGUGUCGCCGCGAAUGCCGCACCAACGCCGCACCAACAACCAAAGCAACCAAAUGCUCCCAAUUGUGAUAGUAGUAGUAGUAGUAAGGAGAACAAGGAAAACAACAAUCGGGGAACGGCAGCAGCGGCGUCCGCAUUUCCUCCGCCCACAAAGCCUGUCGCCCUGCCCCGCACGACCAUUCUCGGGAUGAGUUCGUCGUCGGCCGCCCCUGCGAAAGCGACCAGCGGGAAUGGCAACAGUGGCGCAACCAGCGACAACAGUGACGGUGGCGAUUCCGCGUCCAAUUCCGCGGCUGCGGUGGUGAUCCGCGAGAAACCCGUCAUCCCGGAACGACCUGCCACGCUGCUGCGGCCGAUGAGCUUCAAGGGCUCGAUACCGGAGAUAUCGAAAGUGAGUGAGGGAACGAACACCGUCAUCAGUGGGCUCUCGCUGGGCAGUGGAGGGUCCACUUCGCUCAAGAAGGCGCAAAGUUUCCGCGGAGAAACGUCCACCGGGAGUAGUGGAGGUUCCAGUGGUGGCGGUGGCGGCGGCAUCAUUCGGUUCGGCGGUGGUUCGGCUUCGGCGGCGUCGGGAAACAAUGGCACGGUGGUGGAAAAGUCCACGGCCGAUCUCGGGACGCUCGAAAGGACGCAAAUUUACAAUAUCGACAAGCAGCAGGUUGCCUUCAUCGAUGUGGUCAGUGAGGAGGAUACGGUGGGUAGAGUGACCGGUCCGGUGAGGGGCGGAUCGACACGAAAGGAACGGCCCGAACCGUUACCGGCCAGCACUGCGGUGAUCCUCGACACCAUCGCCGUGCCACAGGGAACGCCACCGUUGGCCAUGAUGGAAUCGACCGGAUCACUCGGGAGCGACAUCCAGUCACCGGUGAAUCCGGUGGCGACCACCGGCAACACUAGUCUACAGCACGUGCCGCAGUCACCGCGGGGAAUGGACCCGAAAAUCAAACGGCCACAGGUCCCAGCUCCGCCACCACCGGUCGGGCGACCAAAAUCGUCCGACUCGACCGACUUAUAACAGUUCGGGGAGAUACUGAUCUAGAAUCCGGACGCCAGAUCCGGAGCUUUACCGCCGCCGGAUCUUUGCCGAGUGAAAAGUGUAUUUAGCGCUGCAUGGCGCCCGCGCCGCUCACCUUCGCUUGCCGCUGCAUGUCACCUACCAGAAUGUUGCCUUUGAUUCUUCAUUUUGCCUAUUUUGUAUCCAUCCGUUCCGUUGCGCCUCUUGAUUUAAGAUUAGCUUACAAAAUCUAGACGAAUUGCUCGAUGGCGGUGCUGCUUACUAUUAGAAGUGGUGCCUCCUGGUGCCCGUUGAUCGGUG